UUAUUCACAAUACCAGCAGCGCGAGUAGAUAAGUUAAUUUUAGUUCCUCUGUCUAUAAUACUUACUGAUAAAAAAAAAAAAUAUACACAUCGGUCAGAAAAUCUCAGUACUAGUAUCAAAAUUUUCAAGUUUAUUGUACUUAAUCAUUUUAAAUUAUUAUAAUUAGACACCGCAGUUAAAGAUUGGUAAACCGAAUGUUUGUAUUCGUCUAAAUUUAGUUUCUAAGAAUGACUGGUUCUUUCAAAAUUACAAAUGAAAAGUGUUUAUAUUUAGUCCUGCUAAAUCUUUGUCUGCAGUUAAUUGCUGUACAUUCUUCAACCACUUUCAAUUUGAAAUUAGAAGAUCAUGAAAAAAUAGUACAAAAACGAGCCAUCAAUGACUUUUGCGCAAUACCUCCUCCAACACCUGACAAGACUGUGACAUUUUCUUGCAAUGGAAGUAAUUCGAGUUCUUGCAAUAUAAAUGGAUUUGUUCCUGAAUUCACCGUUGCCAUUCUAAAAUGCAAUCCAAAUCACUUCGCAUUGAGGAAAACGAAACUUCAAUCGAUUUGUCGUGAAAAGAAAUGGGUUCCACCGAUUGAUAAAUGCUACAAAAAAUGCGACAAACUAAACCCCAUAAACGUUAAACUAGAAUGCUAUCGAGAUAAUCUUCAAAUUUCUUGCGACGAAAAUUACUUAUUCGCUGAAUCGAGAGUACGUUCUACGUGUAAACCAUUUUACACCCAUGUAUCUUCAAACGAAACACAGCAGGAGAUUUUUUGCCAAGAUGAUGGAAAAUGGGACAGAGUUCUUCUCUCUUGUGUUCCAGUUUGUGGACGCCCUUUUCCCAAUGUAACGACUUUAAUUUCCAAAGGAGAGGAAAAUAAGUUUGGAGAUUCACCUUGGCACGUGGCCGUUUAUAAUCGAGAAAAGGUUUUAAUUUGCGGAGCCACUAUUGUCAGUUCUCGCUUAGUUCUAUCAGCUGCUCAUUGUUUCCACGAUCAAAACGAUAUAAAGAGAGAAGUCAUAAAUUAUGAAAUCGUAGUAAGCAAAGUGAGCAGAAAUUAUUACCAGGCGGAUAAUCAAAAUCAGAAAUAUUUCAAGAUUAGAGAAAUACGAUUUUCGAGCAAAGGUUACAUCGGUGUAAAUAAUUAUUUCGCUGCUGAUAUAGCGAUAUUAAUAUUGCAACAAGAACUCACCAUAUCUCCAACUGUAAUGCCAGCUUGUGUCCAUUGGAAACGUACGACAAGUCCUUUUGAAAAUACUCCUGGAAAAGUCGCAGGGUGGGGUAUGUUGGAGAAUGGAAAACUCAGUGAGAAGUUGAUGACGACUACUCUACCUUAUAUUAGUCGAGAACGAUGUUUGAAUAUUGUACCGAAUGAUUUUCAAGCGUUCAUAACUUUCGAUAAAUUUUGCGCCGGAACGGAAGAUGGCCCCGGUGUUCUGCAAGGAGACAGCGGAGGAGGUCUAUUAUUCCUCGAAGGAAAUGCAUAUUACAUUCGAGGCAUUGUAAGUCUCAAACAACGUACAGCCACCGCCAUAGCCACCUUCACUGACAUAGCAGAUCACGUAGACUGGAUUCUAUCCGUCCUAAAAGAAGUCGAACCUGGAAUAAUCCCUUACGAACCAACGAAACUUUUCCCCAAAAAAACUGGUAAAUGCAAAAAGCUCAAUCCAAUCAACGUCGACCUACACUGUUACUAUCAAGGUAUGUCAGUCGACUGCAAUGGGCCUAUGGAAAUUGGCACCAAAGUUCGAGCCACUUGUAAAACAUUACACACGUAUCAAAAUUCUGCCCCUACUUACGAAGAAAUUACUUGCAGAGAUGAUGCAAGAUGGGAUAAUGAACUAUUCUCGUGUGUUCCGGAUUGUGGACGUCCAUUUACAAAUUUUAUGACCUUGAUUGCAUAUGGAGAGGAGGAGAAAUACGGAGAUUCUCCCUGGAACGUAGCCAUUUAUAAUGUUAAAAGAGAUUAUUACUUGAUUUGUGGUGGCACUAUUGUAUCUCCUAAUUUGAUUUUGUCAGCUGCUCAAUGUUUCUACGAUAAAUAUACGAAGACGAUCUCAGAUGCCAGGGAUUACGAAGUUGUUGUAAGCAAAGUAACGAGAGAUUAUUACACCAAAGAUAACGAAAAUCAAAAAUCCUACAAAAUAAAAGAAAUUCGAGUCACUUCUAAAUUCCUCGGUCUGGUCAACAACUUCACCUCAGAUAUAGCCGUAUUAAUUCUAGCUGAGAAACUAACCAUGAGUCCUACAGUGAUGCCAGCUUGCGUAGACUGGACAGGCGCUAAGAAGAUUCCACCCAUUGAAGGUACUCCAGGAAAGACCGUCGGAUGGGGUAUGGAUGAAAAUGGAGAAUUUGGUGAAACGCUACGAGUAGCUUAUUUAUCUUUCAUAAGUUACCGGCAAUGUUUGAAUUCAGUUUCGGUUAUUUUCAAACCAUUCAUAACUUCGGAUAAAUUUUGCGCCGGAAGUGAAAAAGGUCCUGGAAUUCUUCGAGGAGAUACCGGAGGAGGUUUGCUGUUUCAAGAAGACAACAGAUUCUUUAUUCGAGGCAUCCAGAGUAUAAAAGAAUCCACUGCGCUGCCUCCUUACAUAGCAUCUUUCACCGAUUUGAAUGAAUACGUUUAUUGGAUCGCAAAUAUUAGAAACGAAGUCGAACAAAGUGCUCUUAAAACUGCAAGUGGUCUCAAAACUGGCACCGCAAUAAUCUAGUCGUAAUUUGAUUUACCGAUGUAUUUAUUUAUUCGAAUAAACAUCUUUUUAGUU